AUGUGGAGAAAUAAUUUUAAAAUGACCAUGCUACUGCUGCUUGUUAUCACCAUUAUCGGUGUGGCGUGCGGUGAAAACGACAGCGGACGUUCGGAUGGAGUAGUGCGAGUUGUGCGCAGGCGGCACCUAGACGAGGCGACCAAGACGGGUCAAGAAUCGAACGAGAUCGACGACAAUCACCAUCCGCGGGCCGACAUGUCACUGACCCGGGCCGAAGAAUUCAAGUCGACCGCGGCGUCGUGCGGCGGCGGCGGCCCGUGCGGUGAAAUGUCGCAAACGGAAUCGGCUGCGGCGGCGCUUGACGACGACUCUCGACUGAUCGCGUCAUCUGCCGUCCCGUCGUCUGCCGUCCCGCCGUCCGUGGCGGACGAACAGACGUCCCAGUCGCAAUACUAUUACGAAUACGUGGGACCGACAAAGAUCGGUUCGGGGGAAGCCAAGAGGGCUUCGUCGCGUGGCAGAUCACUCGUACCGACGGAGCCCGAUACUGCAGCGCCACAGACGCCGCAGACACGACAGCAGCAGCAGCAGAUGGAUGUGGCGGCGGCGGUGGCUGACCGUCAGCAAAUCCGUAAAGCCGGCAACAGCGACAUGGAAGACAUACUGGACGGGUUCGUCAAGCUGCUGAACGGUCAGCCCGGCCAAGCCGGUUACCGGCAGCCGAUCAAGACGCGCAUCAACAACCGCGGACCUCCCCGCAUAUCGGACGCUUCGGUUGUCCUGGAACCGCCGGCAUUCGUGCCAAUGCCGCAACACCAACACCAGCAUCAGCAACAGCAACAGCACCAACAACAGCAACAACACCAGCAACAGCUACCAUCCCAGAAUAAGCCGAAGGACCCGCCGCCGUAUCCGUUCGACGUGCCGCAGCCCGUCCGGCCACUGCCACCCCAACCACCCAACCUUAUCAAGCCGUUCUUGACCGGCGUGCCACUGCCCGAACAGCUGGUGCCCACUAAUGGUGGUGACGUGGACGAAGAUGAGUUGGGUCCACCGUCUCUGCAGUACGAAGACGACGUGUCGCAUCCGCCAUCGUCGUCCGGACGACCGGUGCAGCACCUGCAGACUGCCAGGCCACAACAGGAGUACGACUUGUUUGCUCACGGCGCCGGCCACGCGGUCCCAGCCGCUCCCAGACCGGUCGAAAAUGUGACGGAAAAGUUCACGAUAGACUUGCCUUCGUCUCAGUCACCGCCGCCCUCAGACAGACCGGCCGCGGUCACUGUCUCCGAGAAACCGACCACGACAGACAAACCAUGGUCAGCGAUCGAUAUCAACGCGACCCGUGUGAUCGGAAUCCAAGUGUCGAAACUCGUCGACCACUUGACCUCACCGGCGGUACCCUCCUCGCCUAUCGGAGUAAGCGAUCCCACCGCAGCCGCCUCCUCGGCGGCACCCACGAUGACGACGACGACGACGACGGCAACAACUAGCACCUCUAGCACCGCUAGCACUAGCGCCAGCACCGCUGCGGAAUCAACGUCCCCAACGACAGCCACGCGACCGGAAACAACGUCAACCGGUGAACACGUGACCGGCGUCGGUUCGGCUGUCGUGGUGCUUGAGCCGUCCACUUCGGAGGAACCGCAUCGUGACGAUGCGCACAAGCCUACCGACAACAAACUUCCCAGCAAGCCCACGGCACCCGUAAAGAAGACCCCACAACAGUCCGAAGGGUUCCCGUAUUAUUCACGUCCAGGGAUCGUGCUGGAUGAUCCGGAAUUCAAACCGCACAUCGGAGGCCAAAGGCGUCCCAUCCAAGUCCAGGUGCCCAGCAAAGGUGACGUGUUCGACAUAAUGGUGUCCGCCAUACAAGGGCCGGGCGACAAGCCAGCACUGCUCAGUCCCGACGAAAUAUCUCCUUCCGGCGUAGGAAAAGGAGAAGUGUCCGUGAUAACUUCGGCAGAACCGAACCAGCAGUUCGUGUCCAUCGACGGUAAACGAACGUACAUCAACUUGUUCGGCUCAGCGGAACCAACCGCGGUGGCGCCUCAGUCCAUAAAGCCGACCAGCGCUGCUUCCGGAUCGUAUUCGGUCAGCCAAGUGCUGCAGCCGCACGGCGCGUCCAGUCCACCGGGACCACCGCCACCGUCGCCGUCAAGCGGAGGCAAACCGUCGUCGCCGGCCUGGAAACGGCCCACUCACCCGCCAGUGAGAAUCGACACUUGCAUUGUGGGCGACGAUACGACGUGCGAUGCUGCGCAGCAUGAAAGGUGCCGCACCGAGCUUGGCGUGUCCUCGUGCCUCUGCAGGCCCGGGUACAGCAGACGAAAGCACCGGGACCCGUGUCACAGGAUCGUAUCCAUCGUUUUUUCAUUACGCGUUGAUCGGUUGUAUGACAACAAGAUCACGUGGACGGACAAGUACAAGGAUUCCGAGACCCAAGAAUAUCAACAACUUGAACACGAAGCAGUUAGAGCGAUCGAUUCGGCGUUUUCAAUGACACCGUUUUCCGACACGUUCGUCGGCGUCAAGAUCAACAACGUUUACAUGUCCAAAACGACGCCCGGCAUGCCGGUCAUGGUUAACGCCACGGUGCAGCUGACGGAGAACGCGGAACACUUGCGGUCAUCCGUCAAGCAGGACGUGCAAAAGCAGCUGACGGGCGCUCUGCAAAGGCGUAACAACAACGUGGGCACCAGCGCCCUGUGGGUGGAUUCGCCGGCCGGAGCUAUAUCGCAACUUCAUGAUCUCGACGAGUGCAGCGGUCCGGAACUGAACGACUGUCAUCCACUGGGCAAGUGCACGAACGUGUUCGGCACGUUCCAGUGCGCAUGCCCGGACGGUUACAGGGACCCGUGGAUCGGAAACGCUCAGCGCAGCGGCCGGACUUGCGAGACGUGUGACCCUGGCCAGUGCAAUCUCCGGGGCGAAUGCUUCUUCCAGGCUGGACAGCCUGUGUGCAAGUGUUCAGGAUCGUUUUACGGGUCGCAGUGCGAGAUCGACGGCGAAGUUCUGAGCGUGGCGGUCGGCUCGUCCGUGGCCGCCAUAUCCAUCAUCGUGCUGACGCUUGUGUGCCUGUGCGCGUGGAGCCGCCGCUGGAACAAGGAACAGAAAGUCGGCUCACCCGUGUUCGGGUACAUGCCGACGGGCGGCAGCACUGUGAAAACGCCCGUGAUCGGUGGCCCACCGUACCAGGUGUCCAUCGAGGACCGCAUGAGGUGGGCCCAGAUCGCCGACGCCAUGGCGCACGCCAACCAUUACGUCCCCGAACCGGUAAACGGCACCAUGAGGUCGAACAUGUUCGGGUACGCAGGCGCACCGAUGCCUCUGCCCAGGCUCCGGCCCCCGGGCACGAGCACGAUUUCGCACGCAUUCCGCACGCCGGAGUCGAGCACCAGCGAAGAAGAGGACCGGACCGACCUGCUGGGCCGGAGCUUCCAUACUUCCUCCAGACCAAAAAGCAGAUCUUCCUUGGCCAAUCAGAGCGGAAUUUACUACGACGUGGAUUACGAACAACAGCAGGGCGAAAUGACGUUCUCGCCCGGUUGCAUUCCGCUGAGCACGUACACCAUUGGCAGCCGCUCAAACUACUACAGAUGA